AUGAAAGACGCGGGCAUCGGCCGGCGGCGCACCUCGUCCGCAUAUCACGCGGCUGGGGGCGGCCGACCCAGCUUAGGCGCGGGAGGCUUGAACAACGCGUCCUUGAGCAACGGCAGCUACAGCAGCAAUGGCCAUCGCAGCGACAUUGGCGCCGCGCCACCCGGCGCCACAGGGGCCGAUCGCCGCCUCGUGCCGCCCUCGUCGUCAGCCGCCGCGAGCCUCGUCGCCUCGCUGCUCCGCUUCCCGCGGCGCCGCUUCCAGCUGUGCGUGGCGCUGCUCCUCUGCUCCGCGCUGCUGCUGUGCGGCGCGUGGCUGCACCCCGCGCUGCACGCCGCGCUCCCCAGCAUCAAAACCCGCGCGGCGGACGUGCGACUUGCCGCCGAUGACACCGGCGAAGGCGGGGAGAGCAGCAGCAGCAGCAGCAGCAGCAGUAGAAGUAGUAGCGGUGGCGGCUCGGGCGCGCAGGAGGGGUAUUUCACGAUCAACUACGGGCUGUUCGGGCGGCGCCGCAUUCCGCACCGCGUGAUGCGGUUCCGCGUGGCGUACAUCCCGCUGCCGGACGUGGGCGAGGAGGGCGGCGCGGCGGGCAUGGGGCUGAUGUACGAGAAGGGCAAGGCAUGGAUGCUCGCCAACUCCUCGCAGAUCCUCUCGCGCUUCAAGGCCCCCGCCACUGCCGCCGCUGCCACCGCCAAGGGCGCGGGCGGCGCGGUCGGGGGUGCGGGCGGAAACGGCACGGCGGUUGGGGGGAGCGCGGGGGGGAACUCGAGCGCGGUGGCGUGCCUGCUGUGCGGGCGGAUCGGGUGGGGGCAGUGCCAGAACGACACGUGCGUGUGCCCCGCCUUCUACAGCGGCUCUGAGUGCCUCGUGCGUUCCGCCCCCCUCCCUACCCUCCCUACCCUCCCUCCCCUCCCUCCCCUCCCUCCCCUCCCUCCCCUCCCUCCCCUCCCUCCCCUCCCUCCCCCCUACCUUCCCUACCCUCCCUCCUCUCCCUCUUUCGGCCCCUUCCCCCAACGGUGUCCGCACAAUCCCCCCUCCCUUCCGCCCCCCUCUACCCCUCACCCCUCCUCGCCUUUUACACUCUUCCCCACUCGCCUCUACACAACCCUCCGCCAACCGGCCCGUCCCAACCCUCACCCCCGCAACCCCAUUCCCUCAACCCCCCACCGUCCACUCCCCUGUGCGCGCACCACCACCGUGGCGACCCCCCACGGCACGGCACUGGAGCAGAAGGAGCAGGAGCUGGCGGCGUUCCCGGGGCUGGCGGGGGUGGCGGCGCAGUACGUGGGGGACGUGGUGGUGAACCGGCACAACAUGGAGGGCCACCGCUGGCUGCUCGGCUUCGCCACUCCCGCCAUGCUCCGCCUUGUCGCCUCCGACCCUGCACUCACAGACGCCUCCGCUGCUGCUGCUGCUGCUGCUGACGCCGCCGCAGGGGGCGAGGGGGGUGAGGGGGGGGGAGUGCGGGCAGAAGGGGAGGGGGUGGUUGGGGGGGGAGGAGAAGGGGGCGAGGAGGAGGAGGUGGUGGAGGAGGAGGGGUUGCAGCGCGCAGUGAGGAAGCUGCGGAUGGUGGAUGCUGACCUGCUCGACGUGCUGCCCUUGACGGACGUGCUGCCAGCGGGGCAGGCGUUCAACUCGUGUGCAGUGGUGGGGGCGGGCGGCGCGCUGCUGGCCAUGCAGCUGGGCCGCGAGAUCGACUCGCACUCCGCCGUGCUGCGCUGCAACCGCGCCCGCACCCGAGGCUUUGAGGAGCAGGUGGGGCGGCGCACCAACUUCAGAGUGACAGACUACUACAGCUGGGGCUUCCAGGAGCGCGAUGAGAAGGUGCUGGUGCCCAUAGUGUCGCACACCACCGCACAGGGCCUCGUCACGGCGCGCAAGCGGUCGUACACGGUGCAGACGUACCCCAUCCACCCCGCCUUCAUGCAGUACGUCACCAGGAACGCCGGCCACGCGCCCACCGCGGGGUUCAUAGCGGUCAUGGUGGCGCUGCAGCGCUGCCAGCACAUCACACUUUAUGGCUUCACUUCAUCACCGCACUACCCAGCACCAUACCACUACUACGACCCGUGCCAGCGCAGCACCAAGCCGUGGCGCGAGCGCCGGGAGAGGGCGGUGCUGCUGGCUCUGGCGCAGGCCGGCUUCCUGCGCUUCCGCGAGCCCUGUGUGGCCGGUGAGAUGGCCUGUGUGGCCGGUGUUUGGCCUGUGUGGCCGGUGAGAUGGCCUGUGUGGCCGGUGAGAUGGCCUGUGUGGCCGGUGAGAUGGCCUGUGUGGCCGGUGAGAUGGCCUGUGUGGCCGGUGAGAUGGCCUGUGUGGCCGGUGAGAUGGCCUGUGUGGCCGGUGAGAUGGUCUGUGUGGCCGGUGAGAUGGCCUGUGUGGCCGGUGAGAUGGCCUGUGUGGCCGGUGAGAUGGCCUGUGUGGCCGGUGAGAUGGCCUGUGUGGCCGGUGAGAUGGCCUGUGUGGCCGGUGAGAUGGCCUGUGUGGCCGGUGAGAUGGCCUGUGUGGCUGGUGAGAUGGCCUGUGUGGCCGGUGAGAUGGCCUGUGUGGCCGGUGAGAUGGCCUGUGUGGCCGGUGAGAUGGCCUGUGUGGCCGCGUCCACUCCUUGUAUCCCUCCCUUGCACUUCUCUCAUCACCACUUGUGCCCCACUCAACUUCCCCUCCCAACCGCCCCCAACAUUCCCCGAUCUGCAACUGCGUGCAGAGUGCCAUGCCUCGCAGCACGACUGCACCUGCUGCUUUGCCAACUCGUCCGCCUCCUCCUUUCUCCCAACCACCACAACCGCCACCACACCGCUCCCCCCCGACUGCCCCCCCUGCAGCUUCACCCCGCGCGGCUGUCGCCCCCCUCCCCACUGGGCCCUGCGCCAGGCGUCUCCAGGUGCAGCAGAGGCAGCAGGGGCGCGGGGAAAGCAGCAAUUACAGCAGAGGGGGGAGGCACAAGUGGCAGUGGUGGGGGGUGGUGGACGUGGUGCGGGGCAAGUGACUAGUGGUGGUGGUGGUGGUGCUGCUGCUGCUGCUACCGCUGCUACCGCUGCUACCACUGCCACCACUGCUGCUGCGACUACUGCUGCUGGGGUUUCCACAGCCUCGUCAGCUGUUGCCACUGCUGCUGCUGCUGCUGGUCACACGCCAGAGCGCGCUGCUGCUGGCAGUGCUGACAGUGGGGCCAAGGGGGGCAUGGCAGGGGCAAGUAGAGCCAACGCUACAGCAGUUCCAGGUGCCACCAUCCCGGCUUCUACUGCUGCUGGUACCGCUGUUGCUGCCAAUGCUGCUGCUGUUGCUACUGCUUCUGAUGGUGGUAGUGGUGGUGGUGGUGGUGGUGGUGGUGGUGGUGGUGGUGGUGGUGGUGGUGGUGGUGGUGGUGGUGGUGGUGGUGGUGGUGGUGGUGGUGGUGGUGGUGGUGGUGGUGGUGGUGGUGGUGGUGGUGGCGGCGGCGGCGGCGCUGGUGCUGGUGCAGGUGCCGCGGAGAAUACCGGUGGGAACAAGAUGGCAGCGUCAAAGGAAGUGGAUGGAGGGGCGCAGGUGGAUGUAGAGGAGUGGGACGGCGUGCAUGUGGACGUGACCAAGCGCGAGCGGCUGUGGCCCGACUUCCCCACUGACUCCAACGACACUGCCAUCAGCUUCACAGAGCCCUGGAAACACAAGGACAAGAAGAAGAAAAAAAAAAAGAAGGCGGUGCAGGGGAAGGAUGGGGGGAAGGACGGUGUGAAGGCGGAGGGGAGGGAUGUGGUUGCGGGAGAUGCUGUGGAGGAGGGGAAGGAGAAGGAAGAGGUGAUGUCAGGUGGGACGAAGGAAAGUGGCGGAAGUGGAGCAUUGGAGAAGGAAGGAGGAGAGCAGGCCCAGGUGGGGGGGGGCACACAGGCGGCGAGCACAGGUGUGACGCUAACAGACAGGCAGCAGGAUGGCAUUGCAAAGGAAGGUGACUCAUCUGCUAUAACUGUGCAGUCACAGGUGACAAGGGAUGGGGAUGGAGGAGAGGGCAGAGGCAAAGGGAUAGCAGCAGGGGCAGGAGGAGAGAAGAAAGGUAAUGCAUCCGUUGGUUCGGGUGCAGUGUCAAUUGGUUCAGGUGCAGCUUCAGUUGGUUCGGGUGCAGCUUCGGUUGGUUCGGAUGCAGCUUCAGUUGGUUCGGGUGCAUCUUCUGGUUCGGGUGCAUCUUCUGGUUCGGGUGCAUCUUCUGGUUCGGGUGCAUCUUCUGGUUCGGGUGCAACUUCUGGUUCGGAUGCAGCAUCCGUUAGUUCAAGCACCGCGUCAGUUGGUUCGGUGGAAGGGUCAAGAGCAGUAGUAGCAUCAGCAGGGCGGGGAGCAGUGGCUGGUGAAUCGAGAGUGCAACAGCAGGGUGCAGCAGCGGCAGCAGGAAGCAGGGGGGGAGGAUCAGGAAAAGUCAAGGCAGGGGCGGGGGCGCAUGGGGCUGCGGAGAGUAACAGCACGCGCACCACAGGUGGAGGGCUGCAGGUGGCAGUGCCAAUAGCAGCAAAGCAGCCCCGUCACGAGCCGGAAGGAAAGGUUGGAGCCAAGGGGCACACGAGCAGUGGUAAGGAGAGUCGGAGUGCAGAGGUAGUGGGUAGCAAGGAGGCAGCUGGAGGCAGAGAGGCGGUAGGUGCGGCAGGUAGUGCAGCAGCAGCAGGAAAAGUUGCUGCUACUGCAGCAGGCAGCAAAACACUGGCAAGAGCAACAGCUGGAGGAGCAGCAGUGGGGCAAAAGGGAAAGGCAGGUGUUGCAGCAGCACAGGCAGGGACUAGUGUAGAUGGGAAGGUAGUUGCUGCUCACACGGGCAUCACACAGGGGAAGAAGGCUGCAGUGGCAGCAGGAGCUACAGCAACGCCAACGGGCACCAAAGUAGGGACUCAAACGUCUAGUGCAAGCAGUAAAGGCAAGGAAGUGGGUGGUGGAGCAAGGGUUGCGUCUACUGCAGGUGCAGUGAAGGGUGUGGCCUCGGUGAAAGGGGGGAGGGCGGCUCCUGCAGCAGCUGCAAAAAAAAGUGGAGGAAGUGGUCAGGAAGAAGCAGCCAAGGCAGGUGGGAGCAAAGGGCAGGUAGCACAGCAUCAGCAGCCACAGACAGCGAGGCGGCAAGAGGUGCAGAAGGACAGGGACAAGGGAAGCACAACAAACCCUGUGCAGAAGCAGCAAGGUUCCGCUGGUGGUGCAGAAGCCGCUGGGAGAAAACAGGUGCCAGCACAAAGUGGCAGUAAAGGAAGGUUAGCAAGUGCUAGCGUAUCGAAAAGAGGAAAAGUGGAUGUGAAUACUCAGCAGCAGAGUGCUCCAGCUGUGAAAACAAGUAGACAGGGAGGCAAAACUGUUGCAAGUAGAGGUGCCAACGCUAGUGAAACAAAAGCCCAAAGCUAA